AUGUCUGCAAUUGGUGCUAGAUUUACCAGAGCUUUCAACCGCAAAUCGAUUUACCUGCUAGCAGGUGCUACGGCAGCCGCAGGUGCUGGUUUGGCCUUCAACAACUACCAAAACGAUCGUAGAAACUACAACAGAAACUCCAACAAUAGCUCCAAGGUUUGGACCGGUCUGGCUGCCGGUACUGGCUUGCACACAGCAGUGGCGCAAAAAGCGCCCGAAGAUUACCAGAAAGUGUACAAUGCCAUUGCGCAAAAACUGCAGGACGAGGACGAAUACGACAACUACAUCGGCUACGGCCCAGUGCUAGUGCGUCUUGCGUGGCACGUUUCGGGAACUUUCGAAAAAGCUGACAACUCCGGUGGGUCCUACGGUGGGACAUACCGGUUCAAAAAGGAAAUGAACGACCCAUCCAACAAAGGUCUGCAGAACGGAUUUGAGUUUCUCGGGUCUAUCCAAAAACAGUUCCCAUGGAUCUCGCACGGUGAUUUGUUCACUUUGGCCGGUAUCACGGCCAUUCAGGAAAUGCAAGGCCCCAAGAUCCCAUGGAGAGCCGGCAGAGUGGACCAGCCUGAGAGGGCGACCCCCGAAAACGGCAGAUUGCCCGAUGCUGCCCAACACGCCGAUUAUGUUAGAAACUUUUUCAAGCGUAUGAAUUUCAACGACAGAGAAGUGGUUGCCUUGAUGGGCGCCCACGCUCUGGGAAAAACGCAUCUCAAGAACUCCGGUUUCGAAGGCCCAUGGGGCGCUGCUACCAACAGCUUCUCCAACGAAUUCUACAACAACUUGCUCAACGAACAAUGGAAAUUGGAAACCAACGACGCCGGCAACAAGCAAUACAACAGCAAGAGUGGCUUCAUGAUGCUUCCUACAGACAUGGCCCUGGUUCAGGACCCCAAAUACAAGAAAAUUGUCGAAGAAUACGCCAGCAAUCAAGACGCUUUCUUCAACGAUUUCGCCAAGGUUUUUACCAAAUUGAUCGAAAACGGUAUUGAGUUCCCAAAAGACAUCAAAUACACAACUUUCAAGACUCUGGAAGAACAGCAGUAA